AUGACUUUUAUGGACACGGCUGGAUACUAUGACCCCAUUCAAUAUCCUUUACUCUUUCCAUAUGGUUCUUAUGGAUGGUCGAUUAAUAGUCUUGACACUAAUGGAAGAACUAUUCCUUGCCGAGCUUUCUAUGCCUACCUCUUUCAAAUACGGCUACAUGUCAUAUCCAUCAUCUUAUUAGCAGGGCGAUUAUUCCAGCAAUUUAUAGUUGAUAAUUUUGUCAAAAUUGAGGCUAAUAAGCUGAGAUGGCUUCGAGACCAUCAAGAUACCAUAAGAGCUGAAUUAUACCAAGGCUUGCAAGAUUGUUUGGAUGCGGGAGAACUCAAUCCAGUAAAUGCCGGUAAAAAAACUAUUUUGCCUUCUUCGUUUGUUGGAAGCCCACGAGACAUGAACCAACGAUACCAAGAUGCAAUGGCAUUGGUUCAACAUUAUGGAAAGCCUGACCUUUUUGUGACUAUGACAUGCAACCCAACAUGGAGAGAGAUUGUGGAAGAGUUAUUGCCCGGUCAGACACCACAAGAUCGCCCCGACUUAAUCACCAGGAUAUUUCAUGCAAAAUUUGAGGAGUUUAAGAGUGAUGUUGUUGACAAAAGUGCCCUUGGAAAGGUUGUGGCGUAUGUUUAUGUUGUUGAGUUCCAGAAAAGUGGUCUUCCACAUGUCCACAUGUUACUAAUACUGGAUGAAAAUGAUAAACCAAGAUCACCUGAAGAAUAUGACAAAAUUGUCAGAGCUGAGAUACCUGAUAGAGAUGAGGAGCCACGAUUAUAUGAUGUUGUUCUUAAACAUAUGAUCCAUAAACCGUGUGGUGCUGGACGUCGAAAUUCAUCUUGCAUGGAAAAUGGAGUUUGUAAACGAAAAUUUCCUAAAUCAUUUUCUGCAAGUACUAUCCAAGGUGAUAACUCUUACCCUAUUUACCGUCGUCGUGGUGAUCGCCCUGCAGUACCUUUGCAUGAGAAUAGCACAACAUAUGUUGAUAAUAAGUGGGUUGUUCCAUAUAAUUCAUGGCUUCUACUAAAGUAUGAUUGUCAUAUUAAUGUAGAGAUUUGUAGUAGCAUCAAGUGUGUCAAAUAUUUAUACAAAUAUGUGCACAAGGGUGUCGACCGUGUUUCCAUGGAAGUUCGAACAGGAUCAGAAAACAACGAGAUUCAACAAUUUGUAGAUGCUAGAUGGGUUUGUGCACCAGAGGCAUUAUGGAGAAUUUAUCAAUUUACACUUACUCGAAUGUGUCCAUCUGUGGAACGAUUACAACUCCACCUACAAAAUCGGCAACAGAUAAGGUUUAACACAAAUCAAUCUAUUGAAGAUAUCCUCCAAAUGCCACAAAACUCGCGAACCAUGCUCACUGAAUUCUUUAAGAUGAAUGUCUCUGAUCCUGAAGCAAGGAAGUACCUUUACAUAGAAUUCCCUCAACAUUAUCGGUGGUUAACAUCAUCAAAAAACAUGGAGAAAAAGGAGGAAUAA